AUGCACUGUUCGGCGAGUUGCAGACCUCUGCCAUGCCCACGCAGCAUCACUCCAUGUCGCGCAUUGCUUACGCCUGCCAUCAUUCAAGCCUCCACAGCCGUCCUGUCUGACCACCUGAUUGUACAGUCUCAGCCUUCGCAACAGGCAUCGUCCGACCUCUACACCAUCUUCACACACGAUGAGUCAAAGGCCGCAGCGGAUAACGACGUUGAUAAGAAGGUCAAGAUGCUCUUGGCGCGACUUCAAGGUGCUGGAAUAUCGCGCUUGCAAGACGAACAAGCCCGGUACGCCUUGUCGUGGUACCCCGAGGAUCUGGACAAAGCCUAUGACAUUCUCGUGCUAGCAAACGAGUCCAUCGAGGGAGAGCUAAAGGACUACAACCCAGACGUACCCAUGUUGGGAGCCAUCAACCGAAACAUGGUGACCUGCUACCUGGAUGCCCUGCUCUUCGCCAUGUUUGCCAGGCUAGACAGUUUCGAAGCCAUGCUGUAUGAUAAUUUUCAGGAUGAGCCGCGGAAGAAGCUUGCAGCCGUUCUGCGACUUUGGGUGAACCUACUGAGGACGGGCCAGCUCAUCAAAGUUGAGCUUACAAAGCACCUGCAAGACUCUCUCGCAAAGUGCGGAUGGGAGGAAGCCGCCCUAGUGUGCCAGCAAGAUGCCUCCGAAGCCUUCACCUUUAUCACAGGCGCUCUCGAGCUGCCCUUGCUCACGUUGAAAAUGGACAUUUAUCACACUGGCCGAGAAGACAAGGAAGACGACCACAAAUUUGUCAAUGAACGGCUGCUAGAAGUUGCCAUUCCCGAACAGCAAGGAGACGACAUCAUCACGCUCGAAGACUGUCUGGAAACGUACUUCAACAACCGAAUAGAGGUAAAGCGCUACCUGCAACGACAGAAUACCAUAGGUUCCGUCAGGCCGCCGCAUUUGGAAGCCGUCGAAAAUGCGCCCGAGAAGAAUGAAACUCUUCAUGUGGAGACGGUCGAAAUCUUGGAUGCAGACUCUCCCAUGGUCUCGACUCCAACUUCACUAGACCCGACGACGCCUGUGAGUCCAACAACGCCUCUGGUAUACGGUCGUCCUCUCGAAGGUCGCCGGCGUGCCGACAGCAUCUUCAGUCAGCGACUCGCGCGAAAGGCGCCGGAAGCAUGGAAAUUCGACGAGAAGAAGCAUCUGGACGAUAUGCUGAGUAACGGUUCAGGCGGACGGCCUCGCUCAGCAUCAUUUUUAAGAAAAGAGGUCUUGAUGCCGGCUUGGCAGUUCUUCAGUUUGAUUCCCUGGUACACUGACAACGUUCCCAAGUCGGACGCCCAGGUAGCGGCACAUUUCUCUGCAAAGCGUCCAGUACUCGGUAUUUGCUUGAAACGAUAUACAAUGCUUCCCAACGGUGCCCCAAAGCGUCUAGACACUUACAUCGACAUACCGUUGGAAAUAGGCUUGCCGCACUUCAUCUCGGACGACAGAAUGCGGGAGGAAGGCCCACUGUUUGGCAACUUCAAACUUGUCCUACAAUCCGUCGUUUGUCAUCGUGGAGUAUCCGUUGAUUCAGGCCACUAUGUCUCACUCGUCCGUGGUGACUGCCACGAGCGACCCGGUACCUCUGAUUCCGAAGAUAGCUCUGAUCAGGCUCCCUGGCUGCGAUUUGACGAUCUGUCUAACCCGCGCGUCAUGGAAGUUGAUGUGAAGAAGGCCUUGCGCGAAGAAUCGCCCUACCUACUCUUUUAUCAAGUUCAGCCAAUCGACGAAGUGUUGGCAACGCGAGGUGAUCCUCCGUCGUACGCCGAGACGCAAUCUAGGCUUCCUUCUCUCGAUCCGUCAAGGGAAACACUGGUAUCUACAGCAACUACAGACUUCGAAACAGGCGGAGAGUGGGGGCAGACCACCUCGGCUGACCCACAACCCGAGUCAAUUCACCUUGAUGAAACCAUUGGUCGCAGCAGCAUGUCCAGUAAUCGACGUAGCAGUGUGGUAUUUGACGACAUCGAAGGGACACUUCAAAGCGCAUCGCGCGGCCGUACAGAGCCCCCUACCCCGGAAGAGCAGAAAACGGGGUUUCUGUCGGCCUCGCGUCGCAAUUCUCGGACGUGGAUGCCUGGAAUGCCAGGGAGCAAGAGUCGGGCUAACAGUCAGACUGGCGAGAAUCGACUAUCCUUUUCCAUCUCAAGAUUGACUGGCCGCGCCAGUAAGGACAAGUUGCACAUCACAGAGGCUGCUUUCGCGGAAGACCCAGUGAUCGUGAUCAACGAGGUCCAGAACGCGGAGAACGCCCAGCUCAAGCAGAGUCCUGUCAAAGAGAAAAAAGACUCUUCAAUCUCGCGCAGCAAAAGCAAGGGCAAGAAGGACAAGAAGGAUCGGUUCAGGAGCAAGAGCCAGGAUGUCAACGAAAGCAUGGACAAGGCCAAACACAAAGACAAGAGUCGACCAGAUCGGGAGUGUAUUGUUAUGUGA